AUGAAUAUUUGCAAAGAAGAUAAUCACGUGGUGUGUCUUGUUGAUAAUAAUAUUCUUAUAUUGGAAUUGAAUGUGUUGAAUCGAGGACUGAGGAUUAUGUGGCUGGUGGGGAAGGGACAGACUAAAAUAAAGGUAGAUGAGAAAAUCGGUAGACAGUACGAGGAUGAUUAUAUGCGAAUUCCGGUUUUUAAAAGCAAAAUAAAAGCUUUUAGUGAUUUUUUUUACAAUCCAAAUGAGAAAACUGUCUUGGGAAAAACUAAAAAGCAAUGGGGUGUUACGGGUCUUUUUUAUUUGGUUUUCUUCUCUGGAUUGAUUGUAUUAUUUUCAAUAUGCAUGGUCGGAUUAAUGGCUACAAUACAAAAGGACAAACCUAGAUGGACGCUAGAUCAAAGUUUGAUUGGAUCGAGUCCAGGAUUGGGAUUCAGACCGAUAUCCGAUAAUCCGCACGAGCUGGCGUUAAUUUUUUACAAAAACAACAAUGAAACUCAAAUAAAAACGUGGACUCGUCGACUUGAUGAUUAUCUUGAACAUUACAGAAAUCGUACCAUGUUGCCGAACCGCCAAAGGUGCGACUAUAAAUUUCCAAAGCCAAAAGAGGGUAAUGUAUGCGCUGUUGAUCUCGAUACUGAUUUUGGAAUUUGUUCACCGAGUAAUCAAUACGGAUUCAAUAAUUCUUCCCCUUGUGUUUUCAUUAAAUUAAAUAAGAUAUUUGACUGGGUACCGGAAUAUUAUCAACUGUCGGAGUUACCGAGUGAUAUGCCAAAAAAAUUGGUCAAUCAUAUUAAAUCAUACGGUAAUUCGUCGGAAUUAAACACUGUGUGGGUUAGUUGUCAGGGUGAAGAGGCUGAAGAUAGAGAAUCUCUUGGACCGAUUCAAUAUUUUCCGAAAAUACAAGGGUUCCCUGGAUAUUACUAUCCCUAUAAAAAUAUCAACGGAUAUUUAAGUCCUCUGGUGGCUGUAAAUUUCGAAAGACCUACCAGAAAUAAAAUAAUAAACGUAGAGUGUCGUGCAUGGGCCAAAAAUAUUAUAUUCCACCAGCGACAAAAAAUUGGUAUGGUUCAUUUUGAAUUACGUAUUGAUGAUUAA